AUGGAUCCGGACGAUCGAGAUCGCCAUGUCGCCGAACCCACUUAUCACCCUGAUGUGAGCGUGGAUGCAGAGUUGGCCCCUGGUUUCUCGCAGCAGGUCGAAAACACCAACAACUCAAACUACCUAGACAGUCUUGACCCGUCGCUACUGGGUUCACCAGAUUUCGAUUUUUCAUGUCUCAUGGAUCUGGAUGGGGCUGCAGAGGCUACACAGGAAUCAGAACACCUAGAUUCCAUGAUGCUCGAUGCGCCAGCCUUUGAAGCUCCAUGUGUUAUGGAUGAUCUUAACAUGACGCAGAUUUUAACGAGCAAAGUGUUUCAUGGUAGCGACCACCCGGGUACCAAUUUAUACCUUGUCCAUGAAGCUCCUCAGCAUCAAGUCUAUGUUCCGCAAUUCCAAGUUGGUCCUGACUCAAUGACAUCAAUGACAUCAGAGAACUAUCAGUUCUCUACAGAGGCCCCCAACACGUUUGAAAACCCUUCGGUUGAGUCUUUCGUCCAUUCAGUCGGCAUGACUCCUCUUAUGCCCGAACUGCCCCAGUUAUCCGGAUUUAGGGACCAGAGGUUCAUUCAUAUAAACGAGCCUCCGACGCAAGCUCAGGUUCCUUUACCACGACCAAGCCGACCAAUACGUCGAGGCCGACUCACGAGAGAACAGGCAGAAGGGCAGGCUCGUGCUCGCGAGAAUGGAGUUUGCAUCCGCUGCCGGCGAAAUGAGCCAUCAAUGGAUGAAGCCUUCUUCAUAGCACGCCUAAGUGAAGAAUGGGCAAUAGGAGCCCUAUGGCUCUCGAGUUCUGUGCCAGAUGGAUAUGACUUUUUUGAAACAGAAACCGAUUUCACAAGGACAUUUGCCUUCCAAGGGUUAUAUAAUAUCUGCUUCCCCGAUCGACGAUACCAAAAGCCUAGAACGUCCAUGGUGAGGAAGGCAGAAGCGCAACUACUGAGAAUCUUUCCUGCACAUACGGCGGGGUCUCCAUGCCUCCUGGUCGGCAAUGAUCGAUUGAAGUGGACACGCGAAAUUGCAGUGUUUUGUGAUGACCGAUGCCUCGAUAACCCAUAUGAGGAUGAUCUGGUCAUGAAUACCGGCAUAGGAGAUGGAAGCAGCACCCCUUUUGGACUGGCUACAAAUAUCUCAUGGCUCCUUUCCCGAUACGUGGAGCUACAGCUGUUUCGAUAUCUUCAGAAUGCUGCAAACAAUCCUAGCAAGGACUCUUAUGAGCAGAGGAAUUUCACUUAUAGCGCUCUGUACUUGCUGGGUCACAGUUUUUCCAUCUCAUCGGCCAAGAUUUCAGGACCGGAUACCAGUGAUGAGAUAUUCAAGGACUCUGUCGCAGAUCAUUCAGACCGGGAACGGCGCGUCCGCCUCGCAUUAUGGAUUUAUGUCUCCAUUACUGUGGGUCAGCUUCCCUCUGAGGCAAACUUUUGGAAGAAUCUACCCAACGAGCUCAAAGCCUUCCGCGGAGGUCUCCCAAAGAAAUUUCGGGACAGCUUCGACGGAUUUAACAACAGUCUACACACGAAUAUGAAGAUUGAAUUGGGCUUCAAAGCAAGAUUUUUACAGCAGCUCCACUCUGGCCAGCAAACCCAGGAACCUGUAGAGGCAUUUGCACCCUCCUCAGAUAUUGAUCACGACCGCAACCUCUGGCAAAGUAUUUUGGACAGAACUUAUCAAGGUAUCCCUGAAAUGUAUCAUCUCAACUCUGGAGAAUCGACCACGUUUGGGGACAGGGUCAGAGAAUAUGAACAAAUCGAAGCUGAACGACUUUUUCUCCCAACAAACCAAGAGCACUUCAAAAGAGCUGUUGAAAACACUUUUGGGACAAUACUGGCCUUAGCAAGCUUGCCAAUCAGAUCCCAGCAGAAGCUACUGAUAGAAGGUUGGGAAGUAUUUCGUCCCUCAUUCCUCAGUUUUGAGAUAGAGUUGCUCAGGUUCAUGGGGAGACUUUCGAUUUGCAGAUUUCCUCGUGGAAAACCUAUAGUUUGUUUCGGGGAAUACCCGUUUGUCCUGCAUGGGGCUGAUGACAUGCACUUGGCCCGCUGGCAGGAGCUUGAAAAUAUGAUGGGUGAAGGAAUUUUCCUCGCGGGUAACACUGCCCAUCGAUGCGCCAGAGAAGCUUCUCAUGCAUUCUUGGACAUUGCCACUGUUACAGAUACUGGAACUGAUGUCCAGUUCCUCCGCCUCAAAAGGCUUCUACAACAGAAUGGCUCCUGGUUACGCCAGGUCAUGCACUCGAUGACGACAAAAGAUUACGAGCUUUUCGGAUCAUCUUGCGACGAAAGGUACGAGAAGUCUUUAGGAUUCAAGGAGCGUCAUGUAGACCUCAGAGUCUGCAUUGCCAAGAUCCAAGACGUAUAUUCUUCUUGA